UUUUUUUAUCUCUAUUAAAUCUAAAAAAUCAAAAGGCCACCAACUUCUCUCACUCGGGCAUCAAAAAGCCCUUUGCUGAAGACCCACUUCUCUCACUCGGCCAUCAAAAAGCCCUGGCUGAAGCUGCCCUCCGGACGAGAGAAUCGGCCCCACUUUCCUCUUUCACUCUCAAUCCUCGUAGGUUCUAAUCUAAUCUUUUAUUACUUUUUUUUUUGCAACGCCCGUUUGAUUCCCAAGAAAAUCCAUCCCCCAUUCGAUUUCCGGGAAAAUUCAUUCUCGUUUGAUUUCCGAGAAAAUCCAUGCAAAACCCCCAAGGAAAACCAAAAAAAUUGCUUUUUUUUUUGCUCCCUGUGUUUUCUGGAUCUGUUCUAGGGUCGCUUUUGUGCCAUUGGAUUUAAAUUUCACGAACCCCAAAUCCACGAUUUUUGAGCCAGGCUGAAAAACACAACCUUUGCCUGCAAAUCAUGAUCAGAUUACCAAGGAACAUCUCAUGUUUUUUUAGAAAAAAGAAAAAAAAUUUGGACAGAUUUUGUAUCCUGUGCGCGGGCUGGACUGGUAGGAAAUAGCGGGAAAUUUCCCGAAAAAUCGGCGAUACAAACCGAAAUUUCGCCGAUAAAAUUGCAGCGGCCGGCAUAUUUUUGAAGAUUUCGCCGAUUUUUCGCUUGCAGCCGUUUUUCGGCGAUUUUAACCGAAAUUUGGCGAAAUUUAUCCCGUCGACAUUUCGCCCCCCUCUUUCGUAUCGCCGGCCAACGAAACCCGAAAUUUCGGUGAAAAAAAUGGAAACUUUCAUCCAUGCGCUCGGUUCUGAGAAAAGAGAAAUAUUUCUUAGAAGUCAGAGCAAAGGGUAUUAGAAGGCUGGUGCUUGAUCAAAGAACAAGGCCAAUAAGCAAACAGGGGUGUUCAUCUGAAAAAUAGAACACACAGCAAGAGACAAAGACAGAGAAAUGGGGCACACCAGCAAUGAUCUUCUGCACUUGGAGCAUAAGGCCUCUUCUUCUUCAUCCCUAGAAUCCACACUUCUUGUUUGCAAGAAUGGGUCAGAGUCCAAGUUGCAGAAACCUAAUCACCCUAAGGGAAAACCCAUCACUACCCCAGUGCCUUCAAGCCAAGUUCUGGGAAAAGUGAAAGAUUUCCUAGGAGUCAUAUCAGAAGCUAAUAAAAAGCUGGAGCUUGAUGCAAAGGACAAUUCCGGUAAGGACUAUGAUAUUGAGGUGCUCACGGGGAAUGAAUCUGAAUACAUUGAAAUGGAUUUGAUGCUGGGUAUUGCUGAUCUGCAGACUCCUGAGGCUGUGGCAGCAGCUAAAUCUUCUAUUGCAGGUUUUCAACCAGUGGCUCCUCUAGCUGGUUGCAGUAGUGGAACAGAAUCUGAAGAUAGCUCUGAUUAUGAUGAUAGUGAUAAUGACGAUGAUGAGGACAGCGAUGAUGAUAAAAAUGAUAACAAAAAUAAUAAUAAAGCAUGCUCUGUUGUGAAACAUAAAAGAUCAAAGUCUGCUCAUGGGGAUUCUUCCAUGGAAGUGCCCCAAAAAAAUGGGGGUUCAAAAAAGCGGCCAAAGAUUGUUGAGCUCUCGUGAGAAUCUUAAUUAGAAAUAGGACAGUGAAAUCUACUCAUGGGGAUUGUUUUCUAGGAAUGAGAGGGAAACCAUCAGGAUUAUAAGGGUUGCAGCAAGCAUGAAAGGCAUUUCUCUGCAGGAAGGAGGGAGCUUUCUGAAUGUCUGAUGAGGCUGUAAUUUAUGCAGCGGUGGGAUUUUUGCUUCUCCAUUAAUAUCUAUCAGGGCAUAUGCCAUACUAGACAGCUAAUGGAGAAAACAGUCCUGUGAGUACCCUUCAAAUUUUGAAUGUCAUGGAAGCUUUGUGAUUUUUUUAUUCUACCAAAUCUGUUGUCAUUAAAUUUUCUACAUUUCAGUUUGGUAAUUAAAUUUUCCAUUCCAUUA